UCAGCGUUUUAAUGUAAAUAUUUAUCAUGUGAGGCUGGAGGCUUUUUUUUUAGACUCGGGAUGCGCGCGUUCCAUUGAUGCGAUUACAAGAGCGAGAAUGGAAGGUGAAUUAAGAAUCGUGGUGAAAUGGAGUGGAAAGGAAUACGAUAUCAUCGAUAUUCAAGAGGAAGAUACGGUUCUUACUCUGAAAGAACGUAUACACCUGGAAACAGGUGUUCGUCCGGAACGUCAGAAGCUACUAAAUCUAAAGUUUAAAGGCAAGGCAGCACAAGAUGAGGACAUAAUCGGCAAAUUGAAUUUGAAGCCUGGGUUCAAGUUGAUGUUGAUGGGCUCGCGCGAGGAGGAUAUUGCUGAGGUCAGUCAAGCACCUGAGAACGUACCUGACGUGAUUAACGAUCUGGAUAUAGAGGAAGAAGAGGUGGAGAUCGAGAAGGCUGAGAUAAAUCUACGUAAGAUUCAGAUACGAAUCGAUCGCUACGCAAUUACAGAGCUUAAUCCUCUGAGAGAGGGCAAGAAACUCCUUGUAUUGGAUAUAGAUUACACAUUGUUCGAUCACAGAUCAGUGGCGGAGAGCGGGUCGCAGCUGAUGCGCCCGUACCUCCAUGAAUUCCUGACGCGCGCUUACAAGCAUUACGACAUAGUCAUCUGGUCGGCGACUAGCAUGAGGUGGAUCAAUGAAAAGAUGAAGCUGCUCGGGGUCUCGAAUCAUCCAAACUACAAGAUAGCAUUUCAUCUGGACGUCCUUGCUAUGAUUACCGUUCACACGCCGAAAUACGGCGUCGUCGGGGUGAAACCGCUAGGCAUUAUUUGGGGAAAGUACAAGCAGUUCUCUGCGAAGAAUACAAUAAUGUUUGAUGACAUCAGACGGAAUUUCAUAAUGAAUCCGCAAUCGGGAUUGAGGAUAAAGCCCUUCAAGCAUGCUCACACCAGCAGAGUUAAGGAUUUCGAGCUGUUGAAGCUGUCAAGAUAUCUGGAAUUGAUAGCCGACGUUGACGAUUUUCAGACUCUCAACCAUAGAAAGUGGGAAGAGUACAAGCCGAGAAAGCCGAGGAAGAACGACCAAAACAGAGGGCAAACUAGCAACAGCAGCAGUGAGGAAAGUUAAAUUUUUUACAAAAUUUAUUUUUCUUUACGAACGUUGUGAAAACGAUCAAUCGAUGGAUGGUACUGAUUGACUUUCAAAGAGUACAGAGUGACACAGAGUACUCCAAAGUUGUACAUGACAUGAAAUGAAUGCGAAAUAAAAAUGCAGAGAGAACGCAUUUGUCAGCUAAUUUGAAAUCAUGACUGAAAAAAAUCAAGAGGCUGUUGUUUUAUAUACAUCGGAUAAGAACGACGUAUUUAGCUUAAACGUCAGUUUCCUCACCAUUAUAUGAAAAUUAUGCGUGAUAUUGACCUUUUCGAUAAAAUACAUAUUUUUGCAUAUUUCUUAUUCUAUGUAUUUGUGAUGUAUUUAUUAGUUGAUUGUGUACACGUAUAUAACAGCCGUUUAUAAUAAAACGCAUAAGUGGCCGACAUUAGAGGUGCAAUGAUAUAACGUAUUCAAGUGAGAAUUCAUGUGUUAUACGCCACUUUUACAAAAUUUCCCAUAUGUAUUCCUCGUUGCGUAUGCGUUUUGCACAACAAUACAAUUUAAAAACAAUUUUAACGGCUAAUCCAAAAUGUGCUUCCUGUUUCUUGUUUUUUGCCUCUUUGUGCAUUGUUGAAAAUGGCGAGACAAAGGUUGGCAAACUUCCUAAGAAAUAAGAAACACAAUUGUCGAUAAAAUAAUGCAUGAAGAGGCAAAAGGCAAGAAAUAAAAAAUAGAGCACAUAAAUAGCCUUAAAUUUCAUGCGACAUGAAAGAAUUUAAUUAUUUGCAUCUACGUGGUUGCGCGCUACGUGGGUUUCACGCGACAUUUCCGUCGUUAACAUGUAAUGUUCAUUGAUUAUGCAAAGCGCAAUAUCUUAACUAUCUUAGACAUUAAAUAGCUAGCGUUGGCGGAUUUCAUUUAGGGAGUUAAACAAUUUUUAACUUUUGUUAAUGAGAUGUUUUCAUUUUUCAUAUUGACUUAAAAUAUUAUGAAUGAAUGUAAAAUAUAUGAAAGGUUUACAUAUUGAUUGCAAUAAAGCUAAUUUAUCUGAAA